AUGUUCAUAAAUACGGAUUGGAUAUUGCCAAACUAUCAUUCCAACACUUUGAUCCUUGUUCCUAAAACUAAAGAUGCUAACACAUUAUGGCAGUAUAGACCUAUAGCUCUUGCCAACUUCAAGUAUAAAAUUAUCUUCAAAAUCUUAGCUGACAGGCUCAGCAGUAUCCUUCCUACUCUUAUCUCUAAGGAACAAAAAGGUUUUGUUUCAGGAAGAAACAUUAAGGAUGCCAUCUGCCUUGCUUUUGAGGCUAUCAAUAUUCUUCCUAACAAAAGCUUUAGUGGCAAUGUUGCUUUAAAGAUUGAUAUAGCUAAAGCCUUUGAUACCCUUAGCUGGGAAUUUCUGAUUAAUACAAUUAAGGCAUUUGGUUUUAAUGAUAAAUUUUGUGGUAUAAAUGGUAAAGCUAUAGGAUAUUUUAAAUGCUCUAAUGGAGUUAGACAAGGAGACCCUUUGUCUCCUCUUCUAUUUUGUCUUGCUGAGGAUGUGCUUAGCAGGGCAAUUUCUAAUCUUGUUUCCCCUAACCAAAUGAACUUAAUAAAGGCUAAUAGGAAGUGUUUUGUUAAUUCGCAUACCCUAUUUGAUGAUGACAUAAUGAUUUUUUGUAGGGGUGAUAUCAAGUCUCUUAAAGUUAUCUCUAAUCUUCUUAAGGAUUAUGCUAGCUGCUCAGGGCAAUUCUGUAACUACAGCAAAUCAUUGAUUUAUGUUGGGGGAAUGUCUUUCAAUAGACAUUGCAGCCUUGCUGAAAUUAUAGGAUUCACUAAAGCCAAGCCUCCUUUUAUGUAUCUUGGGGUUCCUUUGUUUGUUGGUAAACCUAAGGCUUGUCAUUUUUUUCAUGUUGCAGAUAACAUCAGGGUGAAGCUGGCCUCUUGGAAAGCUAAGCUUUUGUCAAUAGCUGGUAGAAUGCAACUGGUUAAAACUGUUACUUUCAGUAUGAUGAUCCACAACAUGUCUAUAUACAACUGGCCAGCCAGUAUAAUCAAAAAAGGUGGAGGUUUAGAUGAGAAACUUCAUCUGGAGUGGAUGCAUAGACAACAAAAAGCUCAUAACUGUAGCUUGGAAAGAUUGCUUCAACAUUGGUCUAAGCUUCUUAGUGAAAGGGUGAGAAGAAAUGGAAAAUUCAUCAAAUACUCUAUAAAGUCUUCUAUAUGGAGUGGCAUAAGGGAAGCCUAUGAUUUGGUUAGUGAGAACUACAUUUUGAUUGUUGGUAAUGGCAACAAGACUCCUUAUGGAUGGUCUAUUAAGGAUAACUUGCAAAUGGCCUUUCCCAGUCUGCUGAGCAAAAUUUCUAUUGUUAGCAUACCUGACUUUAAUGUGGAAGACUCUUUGGUUUGGAAAUACUCUACACAUGGUGACCUAAGUUUCCAAACAGCCUACAAUACUAUUAUCAAACCUUCUCUUUCAAAAUUAUGGUCCAUCUUUCUUGGGGAUAAGGAUUCUCCCCCUUCUCACUCUAUGGUAGUUUGGAGAUACAUCCAUCACAAAAUACCUACAGAUGACAACUAUUCCAUUAGAGGAUUCAAUUUACCAUCUAUGUGUUCUCUAUGCAAUUCUCAAUCUGAAACAAUGGAUCAUCUCUUCUUUGGCUGCUCUUUUGUCACCAAGCUUUGGCACUGGCUGGAAUCUAAAUGUGACAUUAAUUUCAAAAUUCUUUGUUUUAAUAAUUUCUUGAAGUUGAUUAAUAUUUCUUGGUCUGCACAAGCCUUGGUUGUCAUCAAAGUGAGCAUUGUGGGAAUCUUUCAUCAAGUUUGGAAGGCUCGAAAUAAGAUCAGACAGGAACACCUGAAUAUUCCUUGGAAUUCCUGUAUUGCUUCUAUUGCAGCCCAGGUUAAGAUGGCUGGAAACUCUUCUUGCAGAAAAUCAAACUCCACCAUUCCUAAUUUUACCAUGCUAAAAAGAUUUGAUGUCACCUUGAACCCUUCUAAAACAGCUAGGUAUGUGGAUGUUAUAUGGACUCCUCCUUUGCAAGAUUGGACUAAUGUAAUGUGGAUGGUGUAG